AUGCCUGAGAAGUGUUGUGGAGAGACAAUGAAAUACGUUCCAGAGGAAUCCAGCACCGAUUCUUAUAUUAAAGUCUACACGUACAAAUGCAGCAAGUGCGGAAGCUACAAACGAGAUGUUGUCAACACUAAAGAUAUGGGUUCCCAUUCUACAAAAUGUUGUGGUCAGGAUAUGGUCUACCUGCCAGCGGAAUCUGAAGAGAACGAAAUCUACACCUACAAAUGCAGCAAAUGUGGCAAAUACCAUCGAGAAGUGAUCGACGCGGAGGAUGUUUGUGGUCCGAGACCAGAAUAA